UCGGAUGUAUUUUUAAAUUGAACGGCAACUUCCGGCAGAUGACUGGCUAGCGGAAGGUGAAAGUGAUUGUGUUUGUUUUUGAUUUUCUCGCCUUUUUUUUGGAGUUUUCAGGCAGAAGUCGAACCAGGGGACGACUCGUUUGAGCGAGUAACAAGGCACCAGUUUAAUUUUUUAUUAAAUCUGGAGCUGAAAAGUGUCGGUUUAAAUGAACAGGUCGCUAACGUUAGCAGACUAGCUAGCCGGCUAGUCCGCUCAGCCCGGAACCCGGACGCACAGUGUCGGAGAUUUAACCUGUAAACGUUCAUCAGUCGGGCUCCGUAACGUUUCUAUUGUGGCUGUACGGGAGAAGAUUCCUUUUUCAUGUGAGCACUGGGGCCAGUUUCGACAGUUUAAUGGGAGGCGGCUUGCUUUGGAGGAGUGGACAUUGCGGGCGUCAGUUGCGAGGAAAGCGGAGGUCCUGGCUCCCUGUCGGGCUCAGAUGGAGUCUCUGGCCGGUUACGUGUACAAGGCAGCCAGCGAGGGCCGAGUCCUGACGCUGGCCGCACUGCUGCUCAACCACUCCGAGGCGGAGACUCGGUACCUGCUGAGCUAUGUGACCCAGCUCGCCGGGCAGAGGUCCACCCCCCUGAUCAUCGCAGCCCGGAACGGACACGACAAAGUGGUCCGGCUGCUCCUGGACCACUACAGAGUGGACACUGAACAGACCGGCACGGUUCGGUUUGACGGCUACGUCAUAGACGGGGCCACAGCUCUGUGGUGUGCAGCUGGAGCGGGGCAUUUUGAGGUGGUGCGCCUGCUGGUGAGUCACCAUGCCAACGUUAACCACACCACCAUCACCAACUCCACCCCGCUGCGGGCCGCGUGCUUCGAUGGGCGCCUGGACAUCGUCCGGUACCUGGUCGAAAACAGAGCGGACAUCAGCAUCACUAACAAGUACAACAACACCUGCCUGAUGAUUGCCGCCUAUAAGGGCCACACGGAUGUAGUUAAAUUCCUGCUGGAGCAGGGGGCGAACCCCAACGCCAAGGCCCACUGCGGGGCCACCGCCCUGCACUUUGCAGCCGAGGCGGGACAUCUGGAAAUUGUAAAAGAGCUGGUUCGCUGCCAGGCGGCCAUGGUGGUGAACGGACAUGGCAUGACCCCGCUAAAGGUCGCUGCUGAGAGCUGUAAGGCCGAUGUGGUUGAGCUGCUGCUGGCACACGCCGACUGCGACCCCAGCAGCCGCAUCGAGGCCCUGGAGCUGCUGGGCGCUUCGUUUGCCAACGACCGGGAGAACUACGACAUCCAGAAGACAUACCACUACCUGAACUUGGCCAUGAUGGAACGCUACCGCGACCCCGAAAACACCAUCGCCAAAGAGCUGUUGCCGCCCAUCGAGGCCUAUGGGGGGCGUAGUGAGUGCCGGACACCGCGAGACCUGGAGGCCAUCCGGGUGGACCGGGAUGCGCUACACAUGGAGGGGCUGAUGAUCCGGGAGCGUAUCCUAGGCUCGGACAAUAUCGACGUGUCACACCCCAUCAUCUAUCGUGGUGCCGUCUACGCCGAUAACAUGGAGUUUGAACAGUGCAUCAAACUGUGGCUUCACGCGCUUCGCCUGCGGCAGAAAGGAAACCGGAACACACACAAGGACCUGCUGCGCUUCGCCCAAGUUUUCUCCCAGAUGGUCCACCUGAAGGAGCAGGUGACGGCCUCGGCAGUGGAGCAGGUGUUGAGCUGCAGCGUGUUGGAGAUUCAGCGCAGCAUGGCUCGAGUGGAGUCGGCCGUCGAGUCGGAGCUGCCGCAGGCCAUGGACAAUUACGAGUCAAAUGUUUUUACCUUUCUUUACCUGGCCUGCAUCUCCACCAAAACCACCUGCAGCGAUGAGGAGCGCGCCUGCAUCAACAAGCACAUCUACAACCUGAUCCAGCUGGACCCGCGGUCACGUGAAGGUUGCUCUCUGCUCCACCUGGCCAUCAGCUCCACCACGCCGGUUGACGACUUCCACACUAACGACGUCUGCAGCUUCCCCAACGCCCAGGUCACCAAGCUGCUGCUGGACUGCGGCGCGCAGGUCAACGCCAUCGACCACGAGGGCAACACGCCGCUGCACGUCAUCGUCCAGUACAACCGGCCAAUAAGCGACUUCCUCACGCUGCACGCCAUCAUCAUCAACCUGGUGGAGGCCGGCGCCCACACGGACAUGACCAACAAGCAGAAGAAGACGCCGCUGGACAAGAGUACCACGGGAGUGUCGGAGAUCCUGCUGAAGACGCAGAUGAAGAUGAGCCUCAAGUGCCUGGCAGCACGUGCCGUCCGGCAGCACCAGAUCACCUACCGCAACCAGAUCCCCAAAACGCUGGAGGAGUUUGUGGAGUUCCAUUGAAACAGACCUGAGAGCUGAAGGCGAGACUUGAACCCAGGACAGACUGUUUGUUCUUUUUAAAGAAUUUCUUAUAAUUUUCUAACAAAUCCAAAAGGUGCUGAGGAUGAUGGUUCAGCACUAAAAGUUUUUGAGCAUUUUUAUAAAAAAAAAGUGGGUUGCUUUUUUUCUAUUUUAAGUAUUAAUUGCUAAGUACCAGCAGCCACAGUUGGCAGCCUGUCUGUCUGUAUCUCUGCGGCUCUCGGAAGGUCCUGCACUGACCCGCAGCGGGUUUGUGCCGUGAGAGCGGAGAGACGACAGCAGCCACUUCGCCGCGCUGCUUCUUGUUUUGCCUUAUCUCCGUGCCAGGGAGCCGUCGUGUACACCAUGUUACUGUGAUCCUGUAGUCUGAGUGAAUGAGCGAGUGUGACGGAGAGAUGAUCGGAAAGAGUGAAUGAACGAGUGACUGUAGAGAAGCCAACAGACAACUGACCUCACCUGCUUUUCAUGUUUUCAUCCCACGGAUCUUCUGUCACACACAUGAUUUAUUUUUAAUAUGAGAAAUAGUUUUCACUGGGUUUAUUUUUACUGUAACAACCACAGUUGACCGGUGAGAAAAGAAGGUGGGAAAGCACACAAGGAUCUGACUGCUGGCCAGAAUUUGUACUAACAAUCAGGUUUUUAGUUCAUUAUAUUUUAAAAAAAUAGGUUAUUUUAAAGGGUUUGCUGGUAACCGUUAUUAAUGAGAUUAUUUUAUCGCUUGGCUUGUUUCACUGAAACUAGACUGUGUGGCCCCAAGUAUGCGGACACCGCUGGAGACAUACUUUAGCACCUUAGUGCCGUUGAAAGGAAAUCUUAAUGCUACAGCAUUGAGUGGUAUUUUAAACCGCUUCCCAACCUUUUAGAUUCUUUAAAAUGACGUCAUUACCCAGGUUUAAUAUGUCCAUAAUUGAAGACAGUUAUUAAUAAAAGAGACACUUUUCCCCUCUCAAACUGAUUGAUUUUAACCUUUUGCAAAGGCUGGAAAAGGUAAAAUUAUCCAGUAUUUCACCAAAAAAAAGAGGAAAUCAUUAGCAAAUAUUGAAAAAGAAACCAUAAUUUUGAGUGACAGGGAUUUUUUUUUCUCUCCAAUCAUGUCAAUCAUCUCGAGACCACUAGCAACCUGUUUUAGAACAGCUUUGCAGCAACAAUAUGCGUACGUCCCUUUCCUGUUUCAGUAGGACGGCGCAUAAAGCCCCAGGUCCAUAAAGAAAUGCAUUGCUGUCCAGUGAAAACAGUAUCUCCAUAUUCUGUGGUUUUGAAUUUUUCAGUAAAACAUAAAGGAUGAAUUGUGUCUUUAUAGAUUUAAGAAGAUUAUCCUACGUCUCCUACGUUUUCAGAAUCUUUUUGAAAAGUUGAGAGUUAGGAGCUACAGGGUUUUCACAGGACAGUGACGGUUUACCCAGUUUGGUGUGAAAGACCCAGACUGGCCUGCACAGUGUUCAGGUGUCCACGUACUUUUGGCCAUACAGUAUACAAUUGCCAGUCAUUAAAAAUAUGAAGCAGACUUCCCCAGAACUUGGUACCGAGAUUUGAUUUAUUGUAUGCAGAUGCUCGUACGUGAGCUUUUUUUUUGAACCGUGUCUCUGAGGACAUGCACAGAAACUGUGAGGGAGGGAAAUCCCUAUUUAUUCUAAUCUUUUUAAAUAAACGGUGAAGUCGAAGACGUCGAGGGCGAUGUCACAUGGUUUACAUUUUCCCACAGUGUUGCUGCGGCUUUAGCUUUUUCAUCAUUUUUGCUUUGUUCGGUUUAUCUGCAAAGCAAACAUGAAGAGGUUUUAAGAGACCCAGGACCCCGUCAGUCUGGGGUCUCUGGAUCAGCAUGGGGGACUUGCCAUCAGCUCUGAUUAUGUGGUUUGACAUGGUUUUAUCAUGGGUUUUAUCAUCCCUUGGGUUUACAGUAUUUAGGACCAGGUCUGACUGUCCUCAAGUCCCUUUCAUAUUAGAUCUCUUAAAAAAAAAAGACUUAUACCCGUCGGUUUUGAGUAGGUUUUUCCACAGGUCCAAUCAGGUCCAAAAAUGAAUUUUUUAUUAUCGGUGAAUCAGUCGAUUAUUUUCUCAAUGUAUCGUUUGAUCUGUAAAUUGAUAGAACUAAGUGAAAAAUGCUUGUCCAUACAGUCCACAGUUACUUAAGAUGAAGAAGAACAACAAAUCCUCACAACUGAGCAGCUGGAACCGAGGAAAGUUUGGCGCUUUUGACGGAAAAAUGGUCAAAUGAUUAUCACUAUAGUGGCCGAUUAAUUCUCUGUGAAUCCAAUAAUCACUUUUGUAGAGAGCAGGACUGGAAAUUUCAGUGGGAAUCGGCUCGUUCCAUUUUAUUUUGAAAUCUGUCUCAGUGAUCAUACGUCAGCUACAUGCUUUGGGUGGGAAAGCGGCGUCUUCUUCCCUUGGGUUUUCUGUUUUGGUGAAAUCUUGUCAUCGGUGUUCGGUGGUGGUGGCUAUCAAUGCUAAUGCUAACUACGAAAUAAAUUCCCCGUAGGAGGUUGAGUUGCGAAAGCCGGUUCCAUUUUGGAUCCGGUUCCUGGUCAGCAAAAUACACAGAUUUGUUUCAGACGAACCCCUUAUGGAACCUUUUAUCGCUCCUUUUCCGACCCAGAACACCUGCAGGGAACGUUAGCAGCUUGUCGGCGCCCGUUGUUUUCUCCAGCUAAACUGACUAAUUAACAUUAAUCGUGUGAAGUGUUUGGUGAAACCUUGCUCUGGUGGUUAAUGUGCUCUCUCUGCCAAAGGUUGAUUGACUGUGAGUGAAAACGCAUCCCCCUGCACCAUCAGCCUACGACCACCCAAAUCAACUCCUCUCCAGAGAGUCGAUCGGCUGAUCGCAGCUCGGUGAAUUCAGGAGAGUCCCACCUCAACUUUAUAUGCCUCAAAUCAAUUAUUGGAGCUCAAUUAAUUUAACGAGAUUUGAGAGGUGGAUUUGAUCUUGGAUUCAGAUUCAAUAAAGUACAACCCAUCCCCAAAUAUAAACCUCAGGAGAAACCUACCAGACACAGGAGGAGGAUACCAGUUAGGUCAUUCAAACUAAUGAGAAGAAAAUAUUGACAUUUAUGUGUUUUUGUUGUUUAUUUGUUUUUUUUUUAUAUAAGUUUGUCUGACGGCCUGUAGAUGGAGGGAAUCUCUGUUGGGUGUUUGAUGCAUAUUGCUGCUCUGUGGAGAAACAUUGUUAACUACCGACUCUUCAUGGUUGAGUUGGAAGGAUUGAAGGUCCUCUGAGGCCCCAUUAAUACGCACCGCUCGUGGUCUUUACGAAGCCCAUUAAAAACCCACCGGACCGCACAUACAACCCGCCACAGUCCGGCUCUAAAUAAAGCUGCUUGCUUCCUCUCCCCUUUUUAAACAGAGGAACCUGUUCUCAGUCCAAAUCCAAGUCAAACACAUUCUGGACAGAACAAGGUUCAUCUGUAGCUUCACAUUCGCUGCACAGACACGAGAGUUGGAUCAACCGGACCCACAUCAAGUCUUUGCCAGAAAACAAACAAGCAGUUCCCAAAAUGCCAAACUAUUCCUUUACAUGUUUGUCACUCAUCAAGCAAAAAGUUCAAACAUUCUCUGUAGGGCUGCAACUGAUGAUUAUUUUGAUUAUCCAUUCAUCUACACAUCUUUUUUUUUUUUAAUUAAAUAAUCUUUUAGUCUAGUGCACAAAGUGUUGGAAAAUUGUGAUAAUAUCCGUCACAGUUUCCCAGAACCCAAGCUGAUUUCUUCAUAUUGCUUGUUUUGUGUGUCCAACAGUCCAAAGUCCAAAGAGAUUAAAUCUUCAUCUGAUGAAUUAGGGAGAAGAAGCAGCAAAUUGUCACAUUAUUGAAGCUGUAACAGGUGAAUGUUUGGCAUUUUCCAUUUAAACGAUGAAUCUUGUUGCCAAUUAACUUUCUUUAGAUCAACUAAUCGAUUCAUCUACGAAUAGUUUCAACACUAACUCUCUGGUUCCAGGUCCCUAGUUUGAGGAUCUGCUGCUUCUCUCUGUUUUCUGUGACUGUAAACUGAUUACCUUUGGGCUUGGGACUGUUGAAAAACUGUUUUUGUACAUUUCGCACACUGAAACACGACAUGAGAGAUUUAACAAUGGUUAAAGUAAUCAUCAGCUCCAGCCCCAAAGUGUACGGUAUGUUGUUAAAGGUGUCAGUCGUGGUGUUUGUAACAGGCAGACUGAUGAGGCUCCAGGUGUACUCUCUGUAUUCAGACAGAACCACAGAGGGAACAUCUGGAACCGUCUGUUUUUCACCGCUCCAGACUUCACAGCUUGGCCACAUACAAUGAAUUAAUCAGUGAGAUGAGCUGCUGCAGCUGCAGUGAUUAGUUUGAAGAUACAUCUCGCGUCAGAUGAUAAAGCUGGAGAGUCAAGGGAAAAAAUGUGGCUAAUUUUUCACACAGUUUUUCCCCAAUACUUUUUGUUUCAGUCCCCAGUAAGGAAACACUCCCUUUUACAUCCACAUUUAUUUCUUGUCUGUAAGUUUUGAAGCUGCAGGAUGCCUGAGCCCCAUAAAACCAGACUGUGUGCCUCAAGUCAGGUUUUCGAUAUAAGAUUCAAGUCUGGAAAAGCGACAGAUGAAUCGUCUAAAUGACUUUGGAAGCACCUCUGCGAGGUGUUUGUUGUAAAUACAGAGCGAACCAUGACUCUGCAGCUGCAGGGUCUCGUUCCCGCCUCGGUUUUCUUUAGAAGCUGGAGCGUCGGUUGUGAUUAUCUAAUAAUCACGGGUUGGAAAAGUUCAAAUGAAAAUGAGUGCUGGCAAAGGACAUCAGUGUUCAGGAUCAGUAUUCGGAGUCUGAUUUUCUAAUAAAAGUACCGAAUGUGAGCCUUUUCCACCAGCCCUAAUCAAUAACUGUAUCUGUCCGGCGUCCAGCCGAGCUCAGUGUUUCUAGUAACCAUGCGACCGGGUAUUACAGUGGAUCAGAGGGGACUUCUGCCUGGAGGAGAUGAUAAUGUGGCGUUCAGGAUGCUAAUUUUAUUUUUGUUUAUGUAACACUGCAGGAGUGAUUCUGUGCUGAUGGGGAGCUGGGAGGUUUGACCUUUAACCAGUUUUCUGUGGCUGAAAUGAAGCCAAAGAUUCUCCACGUGUAGGGAGACUUUCAAAGAUGUCAGCUGCCGUGUGCUUCCUGCAGAAUGAGUGCUGUCAAAUUAAAAGUUA